CUGCUGCUGGACUGCCUGGAGCUCUGCAAGUGCACACACAUCGCGAUGGAUGUCUAUCAUCAGUGUCAGUUAUCAGACGACUAUGGCUUUAUAGCCAAGGAUCCGACCUUGGAGACAGAAAAAGACCCACACUCUCAGUGGAGUUUUCAGGAUGUUUUUAAUGAAGAUUGCAUUGUUCUGGACCCGGUGUCUGUGCUUCCAGUCCAAUAUGAAAUAACCAACUGCUUGCUGCCUAUUUCUCUGGAUACCAAGCUGUACCCACUGGACUGCUCCUGUCUGUCACACUGCUCUUUUGAAAAGGGCUCGAACUACCUGAAGCCCCUCCUCGGGCCCCUGGCCAACAUCCUGCAGAGUUUACAGGAGUGCAGUCAGCUGGAGCUGGCCCUCAGAGUGCUGGUCAACUCGUACGGCAGCUGCCUGCAGCACGUCACCUCUAAUGUUAUGGACAUAAAGAUCAGUUUGCAGCAGAACAGAGAAGGCAACCUGGAGUCACACCAGCAGACCUCAGAGCGGAUCUCAGGGAUCGGCUGA